AUGGAGGAAAUCUUGAUAGAUGGUGAUACUAUGGCCCUUAUUAAGAGAAGGAUGACCAUUGCAGGCGGGGCGAAUGGUAUCGGUGCGGCAACAGUUUCCGUUUUUUCCCACGCGGGUGCUCAUGUUUUCCACUAUGACUGCGCCAGAAAGCACGGAAUCGAAUUGAAUAGACUAUUAUUGUCAGAAGCAGGGCCAAACAGCGGCUCUUCGACUUUCAUAAAAGCCGAUGUUGCCGAUUAUGAAGCACAGCUACGAGUAUUUGACGCUGCGCUGGAUAGAUAUGGAACAGUCGAUAUGACCAUAUAUUGUGCAGGAAUAGAAGACUCUGACGGGUGGAUGGCCGGUGAGCUGAAUUUGGAGAGCGUGAGAAAGAUCCCUACUCCAUUACGCAAUGUUAUCGGCGUCAAUCUUACGGGUUGUCUUUAUUUUUGCUGCAUUGCACUUGCAUAUCUGAAGUGCUCUCCCAAUCAUUUAGGCGGGCAGCCGAAGUCACUUACGCUCAUUUCCUCAUUGCUCGGAUUCACAGAAGUUCCAGGCUCCACAGCCUACAUUGCCAGUAAACAUGGUAUUGGCAUCAUGCGGUCUCUUCGUGCAACCAGUAUGCUGGAUUUCAACGUUCGUGUGAACACAAUCUGUCCAUGGGUGACAGAUACUCGAAUGUAUCGAGACACCUUUAAUGCAGUCAAAAAGAGUAUCGUGACGCUUGUCAAGCCUGGAGAGGUUGUAAAUAUGAUACAACACGUGCCGGCAGCCUCAUGGUAA